AUGGCUUCGUCAUCCUCAAUUAAAAUCAAAACUAAAACGGAACAUCUGUUGUAUAAAUAUUAUACCGAAGAAAAGUUAGAACGCGAAAAGUUGCAAAGCUUAGUAAAUGACCUCAAAAGUCAAUUAGAACAACUACAGCAUCAGCUUAAAACCAUCCAGGAGCAAAAAACUUCAGACAAGAAAAAUGUCACUACCGAGAAGCCAAUGCCAAUCGAGUAUGAGACAGACGAAGAAGAACUAGCAAAGGAAACAGAGUGGGUACGACAGAAGAGCAGAAAAAAAAGGAAAUUGAACUCGUCAUCACUGUCCUCACCAACUCAACAAGGAGACGAUCCUAGCCAGAAAACUAAAGAAGCUAAAAUAAAGAAACAGCCCACACCACCACCUAUAGUUGUGGAGAAUGUCAAGAACUACCAAGAGUUCUACGACCUUCUUUCAACUAAUGUAACGAAAGACUCUUUCGUUACGAAAAUGAUGAAUGGAGAAAUAGUUAAAAUUAACUCCAAAAAUGAUGACUCAUACAGAUCCAUCACCAAGCUAUUGUUACAGAAUAAUUGCUGUUGGUACUCGUAUGAGAAUAAACAAGAUAGGCCGAUCAGGGUGAUGGCAAAAAACCUUCAUUCUUCCUGCCUGCCAAAUAGAAUAAUUGAAGAUCUGACAGCUCAAGGAUUCAAAAUAGAAGAUGCUGUAAACAAACUGAGUUGGAAGAGCAAAGAGCCCCUCAGUAUGUUCAUGCUCUCAUUCCAGAAGGAUGAAGACAUAAAGAAAAUCUACGGAAUCAAAUCCAUACUGGGCUGCAAAGUAGAUAUACAGCCUUUAAAAACUUCAAAAUUAAUUCCACAAUGCAAAAGGUGUCAAGCAUAUGGCCACACACAGAAAUACUGUUCCCCAGCUUGA